UACCGAAUGGUCCGCCCAGCAACGUUAUUGGCGAGGCGGUAAGUCCAACUGCCAUCCGAGUGACGUGGGAUCCCCCGCCGGCCAAUCGCAGCAACGGAAAUAUUAUUUACUACAAGCUGCAAUUCGUGGAAUCAGAUAGAUCAGACAGCGAGGCUUCUGUCGUCAAAUUUAAUGGUACAGAAUUAGUACUCGAUGAACUUAAAAGAUGGACGACUUAUAGAAUAUGGGUCUUGGCUGGCACUUCAGUCGGAGAUGGUCCGAGCUCUUAUCCCAUCACGGUGCGAACUCACGAAGAUGUACCUGGAGAUCCGCAAGACGUUAAAGUGACUCCUAUAAAUUCUACGACAAUCAAGGUCAAUUGGAAACCCCCGCUAGCCAGGGAUC